UUUUCGUAAUCACAUGAAACAUUUUGUUCAGUUGAUUCUAAAAUUGCAAUGUAUACGGAUGAAGGUGAAUAUUCUGGAGACACGGAUCACGGAGGGAGCACAAUGCAGAAAAUGAGCCCAAAUACACGACAAAACUUUCGACAAAAUGUGAAUGUCGUUGUCUGCCUCUCCGCUGCAAUAACAUUACUCGUAUUCAACCUCAUCGGAGCUGGAAUAUUCUAUUUGGCUGAAACUCAAAACUCAUCCGAGAGCUUAAAUGAAAACUCAGAAGUUUCAAAAUGUCUUCAUAAUCUACCAAUCGGAGGGAAAAUCACUGCGGAAAUGAAGAGCAAACUGGGAAAAUGUCUUACAAAAAGCUCGAGAAUUGAUGGUUUUGGAAAAGCGAUUUUCUUUUCGUGGACUCUUUAUUCAACUGUUGGUUACGGUAGUUUGUAUCCACACUCUACACUGGGACGAUAUCUGACAAUAUUUUAUUCGCUAUUAAUGAUUCCAGUUUUUAUUGCUUUUAAGUUUGAAUUCGGAACAUUUUUGGCUCAUUUUCUUGUUGUCGUGUCGAAUCGGACUCGACUUGCAGUGAAGAAAGCGUACUACAAAUUGUCGCAAAACCCCGAGAACGCUGAAACUCCGAGUAAUUCGCUCCAACAUGAUUAUUUGAUAUUUCUAUCUUCACUUCUUCUCUGCUCAAUAUCUCUUCUGAGUUCCAGUGCACUUUUCUCGUCAAUUGAGAAUAUUUCAUAUCUCAGUUCCGUUUAUUUCGGGAUUAUCACAAUGUUUUUGAUUGGAAUCGGAGAUAUCGUUCCUACAAAUUUAGUAUGGUUCAGUGGAUAUUGUAUGUUAUUCUUGAUUUCUGAUGUUCUGUCAAAUCAGAUUUUCUACUUUUGUCAGGCAAGGGUUCGAUACUUCUUCCAUAUUCUCGCUCGGAAAAUUUUGUUAUUGAGAGAAGAAGAUGACGGAUUUCAAUUGGAAACUACAGUAUCCCUACAACAUAUUCCAAUUAUUAACAGCCAAUGCAUGCCUAGCUUGGUUCUGGACUGCGAAAAGGAAGAAUUGGACAAUGACGAGAAGCUGAUUUCAUCUCUCACAAGUACAUGAGAAUCCAACAGUUAACUGAACUAUUGAUGCAUUGAAAUUUUACAAUCAAUAAAAAUAUUUUUUGUUGAAA